CCAAAAGAUUCGAGUGUGACGUGGCCCAAGUGACGGCUACACGAGUCAUUAAAAAAAAAAUGUGUGUUUAAUAAGUUCUUUUUGUUAAUUGCUUGUGAAAAAUGUUGUAAAAAAAUGUGUUAGAAAGUGUUUAAAAUAUUUUUGUUAAUUAAUUUUGUCAAUAUAAACGACAAGGGAAUUGUAAUCGCUGUAAAAUGACAACUUAUGAGGAAUUUAUACAGCAAAAUGAGGAUCGCGAUGGUGUUCGAUUUACAUGGAAUGUUUGGCCAUUGUCACGAGUUGAUGCAACACGACUUGUUGUGUCAUUAGGAACACUUUAUCAGCCAAUUAAAGAAAGAAGCGAUCUUCCAGCUAUUCAAUAUGAUCCGGUGCCAUGUAAUAGGCCAAAUUGCAGAGCAAUUUUAAAUCCUCUCUGUCAAGUUGAUUAUCGUGCAAAACUCUGGGUUUGCAAUUUUUGCUUUCAAAGAAAUCCAUUUCCACCUCAAUAUGCUGCGAUUUCUGAACAACAUCAACCGGCUGAAUUAAUUCCAAUGUACUCGACAAUCGAGUAUACGAUUAUGAGAGCACAAUGUUUGCCACCGAUUUUCUUACUUGUCGUCGAUACCUGUAUGGAUGAUGAAGAAUUGGGCGCUUUGAAAGAUUCCCUACAAAUGUCUUUGUCUUUGCUUCCACCGAAUGCUCUAAUUGGACUCAUUACAUUCGGCAAAAUGGUUCAAGUUCAUGAAUUAGGUUGCGAGGGUUGCAGUAAAAGUUACGUAUUCCGAGGCACCAAGGACCUUCAACCUAAGCAAAUCCAAGAUAUGUUAGGCAUUGGAAGGCCAGUUCCCGGACAAAAUCCGAAUCAGCAAAGAGGACCAAACGCACAACCGUUGCCACCUGCGAAUCGAUUCCUUCAGCCGAUUCACAAAUGUGACAUGAGUUUAACUGAUCUUUUAGGAGAAUUGCAAAAAGAUCCUUGGCCAGUUGCGUCCGGUAAACGUUAUCUCCGCUCGACGGGCGUUGCCCUCGCGGUUGCGACCGGAUUACUCGAGGCCAGUUACGCAAAUACUGGCGCAAGAAUUAUGCUCUUCGUUGGAGGUCCAUGCUCCCAAGGACCGGGCCAAGUUGUCACUGACGAUCUCCGUCAACCGAUAAGAUCCCAUCACGACAUACACAAGGACAAUGCGAAACAUUUGAAAAAGGCGACAAAACAUUAUGACGGUUUAGCUGCGCGUGCAGCGGCAAAUGGUCACGUCAUUGAUAUUUAUUCCUGUGCUCUCGAUCAAACUGGCCUCUUGGAAAUGCGACAAUGUUGCAAUUCAACCGGCGGUCAUAUGGUGAUGGGCGAUUCAUUCAAUUCAACAUUAUUCAAACAAACGUGGCAACGUGUCUUUGCAAAGGAUUCAAAGGGCGAUUUGAAAAUGGCAUUUAAUGCAACGCUCGAGGUGAAAACAUCGCGUGAAAUAAAAGUUUGCGGCGCAAUUGGUCCGUGUGUGUCGCUUGGCGUUAAGGGCGCGAGUGUCGCUGAUCAGGAAAUUGGUUUGGGUGGUACUUGUCAGUGGAAAUUUUGCUCAUUAACACCCUCGACAACGACGGCAUUAUUUUUCGAUGUCGUCAAUCAACAGGCAGCGCCAAUUCCUCAAGGUGGUCGGGGUUGUAUUCAAUUUAUCACUCAGUAUCAACAUUGCAGCGGUCAACGGAGAAUUCGUGUCACGACAAUUGCGAGAAAUUGGGUUGAUGCAUCGACGUCUUUACAUCACGUGAGUGCAGGAUUCGAUCAAGAGGCAGCUGCAGUUUUAAUGUCGAGAUUAGCAGUAUUUAGAAGUGAAUCUGACGAUGGAGCUGAUGUUCUUCGUUGGGUUGAUAGAAUGCUAAUUAGACUCUGCCAGAAGUUCGGAGAAUAUUCGAAAGACGAUCCGAACAGCUUUAGACUCGCUGAAAAUUUCUCUUUAUACCCUCAGUUUAUGUAUCAUCUGCGUAGAUCGCAAUUUCUUCAAGUAUUUAAUAAUUCUCCUGAUGAAACAAGUUUCUACAGGCAUAUGUUAAUGAGAGAAGACCUAACUAAUUCCUUGAUUAUGGUUCAGCCCAUUUUGUACAGUUAUGGUUUUGGUGGUCCACCUGAACCAGUUCUACUUGACACUUCGUCAAUUCAACCUGAUAGAAUUCUUUUGAUGGACACCUUUUUCCAAAUUUUAAUAUUCCACGGAGAAACAAUAGCACAAUGGCGACAGUCCAAAUAUCAGGAUCUUCCAGAGUAUGAGAAUUUCCGUCAAUUGCUCGUUGCUCCAAAAGAUGAUGCAGAUGAAAUUUUAGCAGUAAGAUUUCCUGCUCCCAGGUACAUUGACACGGAACAAGGUGGCUCGCAAGCUCGUUUUCUAUUGAGUAAAGUGAAUCCAAGUCAAACACAUAAUAAUAUGUACGCUUAUGGAGCGGGGAUGCCGAUUCCUAGCGGGGAAAGUGGAGCUCCUGUUCUAACAGACGAUGUGAGUCUUCAAGUGUUUAUGGAGCAUCUAAAAAAAUUAGCUGUCUCGUCCACUGUUUAAAUUUAAAUUCUAAGAUUAUGUAGAAGUAUGUGCAACAAAAAAAAAAGAAGAAAGAAAUUUAUAUUGUAAUUAUAAAUCUUAAAUUUAAUUUAAUGAAACAAGUUUACGUAUAUUAAGAAAGUGGAGGUUAUUGUCGUGAACUUAUUCCAAUGUAAUGUACCACAAUGCAUUUUUUAAAAACUCGUAUUGUAAAAAAAAUUAUAAAAUUAAAUAAUUAUUAAUAAAAUAGGUGACUUGAUAAUUUC